AUGAACGAUGUAUUUCCAACACAAGCUACGGCUGAAGAACGAUACAUUGCUAUUUUUGGCACAAGAACACGAUUUGUCGUCAUGGUUCUUGUUCUACUCUGUUUGACGAGUAUAUGGUCUAACAUCCUAUGUUUCAACUUUGCGUUGAUUUGUAUGGAAGCAUCGGACACGGUAGCUGAAGGCGUCAACGACACGAUGACUAAAGAAACACAGACGUCACAGCCACGAUUCACGCACGGUCAAGAAUCAUGGGCGAUUUCUGUGGUGGCUGUGGCUGCACUGCUGGGAAAUUUCCCUACAGUACAUCUGGUGAAUAGAUUCGGGAUUCGGACAGUAUUUGCUGGACUUGGAGUGCUUAGCGCCAUCUCUACACUUCUAAUACCAACAACUAUUAGGCUCGGUUUCUACUGGUUUCUUGCCGCUCGUUUCUUACAAGGAUUCGCGUUCGCCGCUAAUUUCCCUGUGAUCGGAUCAUUUUGUGCUAAAUGGACCUAUUUUAAGCAGAAUGGUCUAUUCGUCUCAGCUUUGGUCGCUUACGUUCAAUUGGCACCCGCUUGUACAAUGCCAGCUUCAGGAGCUCUAUGUAGUGCAUUUAGAUGGCCAUCGAUUUUCUACGCUCAUGGUGCUGUCUCAUUGUUCCUCUUCAUCACAUACGGUCUAUUCUACCGUAAUUCUCCUGGAAAACAUCCAUUUGUCGGAAAUGUGGAACUGCGUAAGAUUGGUGUCGGAAAAGCUGAAAAUGUCGAUAAACGGGCCCUACAAACGAUACCGUAUGCAGCGAUCCUCAGAACUCCGUCAAUAUGGGCUGUAUGGAUUGCAUCGAUUGGGAAUUUCACCUGUGUGAAUAUGAUGUUCCUUUUCUCACCAAAAUAUCUGUCUACUGUUCUCGGAUUUGCUGUACAUAAAACUGGUUUCACUGCUGCACUUCCGCCACUCGCUCAAUUUCUCAGCAAAUUGAUCUUCGGAAUGUUAUCGGAUCGAAUCAAGUUCCUGUCCGAAAGCAACAAAUUCCGAUUGUUUAAUUCGCUUGCUUUUUUGGGUUCAGCAGUUUUUCUUUCAAUCCUUGCCUUUAUGGGUGACUCAAAUAAGAAUUUGAAUAUGAUUGUUCUUGGUUGCGCAGCUGGCAUACUAGGUGCAACCACUGGUGGUUUCUUUAAGGCAGGUCCUGUGCUGUCGAAGCAAUACAGUCACUUCGUCACUGGGAACAUUUCAUUAGGAAUCACAAUAACAAUGCUGGUUGUACCAUUUAUUGUGAACUCACUCACACCGAACAAUAUUCAGGAUGAAUGGAAAUGGGUGUUUCUAAUUAUUGCCGCAGUUAUGGUCGUCACAAACAUCAUAUUCAUCAUUUUCAUCAAAGGUGAGCCAUGUGAAUGGACGACAGACGAAUUCGUACGUUCACGAACGUUGGGCUCAGUGAAGGUACAGGAUGUCGCGAAUGUUCCACCACCGACUGAACAACGAUUUUAA